GUUUUCUAGUGGAUGACAAAAGGUGAUCAUGUGAUUGUAAAGAUCUUAACAAUGUUUAGUUAUUGUAUAUUUAAUUUGUUAUUGUUAUGUGCUGUUUCUAUUUUCGCUUCUAAGAUUGUUGAAGGAUCUCAGCCCAUACUUCAAAAAACAAUUGGAGCCCUCUUCACUGACCGGACUCACGAAGUAUACCCUGGCGCAUGCAAGUUGAUCAGAGCUUCAAAACGGCAAACAAGAAUGUGUGAUCGGGACAGCGGUCUCUCCAACGUAUUGAACAUCGCUAAAGAACAAGCCAUCACAGCUUGCGAAGAAACCUUCCAAUACGAUAGAUGGAACUGUUCCCUCAUCUUCAACAGAAAACCUAAAAGGAGUAUAUUCAAUAAAAUCUUCAGAGAGACUGCGUUCGUUCAUGCGUUAAUGGCAGCUUCGUUAGCUCACUCAGUAGCUAAAGCAUGUGCUUCAGGGGAUCUUUCUUCAUGCUCCUGUCCGGGAAACUUUGGAAAAAAUAAUACCUGGAAAAUGGCAGGAUGUGGAGACGACUUCAGACAUGGCAAAAGAUUGACUAGAAACUUCUUAGACUUUAAACAUGCUGGCAACGAUCAGAUUGCUGAAAUUCUAAAACAAGAUGUCAUUGUAGGUGUGGAUUCUAUAGGAGAGCAACUAAAAGAAGUUUGCAAAUGCCAUGGAUUUUCUGGUUCUUGUACUACAAAGACUUGUUGGAAACGAUUGGGCCCUUUUAACUCGGCCAUGGGGUUACUGAAGAAACAUUACCAUCACGCCACAAAGAAGAAAUUGAUGAACUACACAACGAAAAGGGCUAUUGCGCCAAAAGUGAGGAACAAGAUGAAGAUUGAAAGGAAGAAUUUGGUAUACUUGCAGAGGACGCCGAACUUAUGUGUCAGUACUAAAGGAAGGGUGUGCAAAGACAGACAUAAUUGUGCGACUUUGUGUUGUGGUAGGGGCAUUAUAACUAGCAAGAAACAAGUGAGUUCUAGGUGCAGAUGUAGAAUGGUUAAUUGUUGCUUCGUGCAAUGCGAUACUUGUGUUGAAGAAGUCGAUGAGUAUACUUGCAAGUGAACGUUAGUGCCUUAUCUUAGUAUUUAUAAGAAAUGUUGCAAAUAUUGGAAGCUCCUUUACAGCCUUUCUAGUUGAUCAGAUUUCAACCUUCUUGCGUGUAGCUUAUGGUUCAAAUUUUAAUGUGGAUUUUGUGGAGUGUUCGUUUCAUUGGCUCUAUUUUCUGCUUUACGUCUGCGAAGCAAACUGUGUAUUGGUACUUCAGUACUAAUUAGGUAACCGAAACACAUUUGUUGGAAUAGUAUCUUUGGCUUAAUUAUGAGGAAAAUUAGCUCACAAAUGUUCUAUUUUAUGCCGGUAAAUUAUCAUUUUUUGUUUCCUGUGUAGAUAGAUAUUUUCUACUUAAAACUGGUAGAAUAUUGUUACAAUCGCUAAUGAACUUGUAAAGCAUACUUAUUUCAAUAUUUAAUUGCUUAUGUAUUUGUUUAGAGAUAAAAUUGAAUGUGAUACGGCCUGGGAUAAAGGAGUGCCAUCUAGCAGUGCUUUUAGACUAGUAGAUUUUAUCGCGCGGUUUUUCCUUGUCAUCAUUUGUGGCUGUUGUUGUCAAUUUUAUGCUCCAACCACCUUUAUCGCUCUGAAAUAUCGAACGAAAAAUCCCCUAGUGUGAAACCGCUGCUAGAUAAUGGUCGAUAAUGCUGUGAUAUAAGCUGAACGCUUUAAGUUAGGUAGUUCAAGACAAUGGA